UGAAGAGCAUUCCCUCCUGUGGACAGUCCCCCAUCCCAACGUCAGAUUCUGUCCGACCUGGAUCGGAAAAUGUAAUACGUACUCGUUGCCAUAGUUCACUUUUUAAAAAUGUUUACUCCAGUAUAUUCUAAGCUUCUUGAGAGCUGAGAUUGGCCUUUUCACUUCUGUCUCUAUAUCUGACGUGGUUUCAAACAAGAACUUCUUGGAAAGAAGAGGUUAUUCAAAGAAUUUCUGAAGUAGAGAACCCAGUUGUGAGUUUUUUAUCAGCUGUUUCAGGCCGGAAUGGCUAUGGAAUGCAGAGCCGUUUCAACCCUGCUACCUCCAGAUCCUCAGGAACAAGAACUAAUACUAGUGAAAGUGGAAGAAAGCCUUUCCUGGGGGCAGAAAUUAAAGCAGAAUGGGAGUACUCGAUCUUGCCAAGAAUUGUUUCGCCAGCAGUUCAGGAAGUUUUGCUACCAGGAGACUCCUGGGCCCCGGGAGGCCCUGGGCCGCCUCCAGGAGCUGUGCCACCAGUGGCUCAUGCCAGAGUUGCACACGAAGGAGCAGAUCCUGGAGCUGCUGGUGCUGGAGCAGUUCCUGAGCAUCCUGCCCGAGGAGCUGCGGGCCUGGGUUCAGCAACGUGGUCCCAAAAGUGGCGAGGAAGCUGUGACUCUGUUGGAGGACCUGGAGAGGGAAUUUGAUGAUCCUGGGCAGCAGAUUCCAGCUAGUCCACAAGAACAAGCAUUACCAUGGAAGGAUCUGACAUGUCUUGGAGCAUCCCGCGAGUUAAACACCCAACUCCAGCCUUUAAAGGCACAGCUGAAACCUUGGGAACCUUGCCUUUACCCCCAAAGUGAUCGUGAGAACAAUGAAUCGACAAAGGAGGAUAAUUCAGGAGGAAAAACAGGACUUCCCCAGGAACUUUCAUUCAGAGGAAUCAGUGAACACAAAAGCAGCUUCGAGUGGCAGCAAGGAAGUGCUUCAAGGAAGAAAUUAGGAAGCUCCCCUUCCCCAGCAGGCAGUUUUACUCAAGCCAUCACACACAAAUCCCUAAGCAAGAGAUUCCAUCAUGAGCCACAAAGAAGCCUGAUUCUAAGUACAAACUCCAUAACAUUUCAGAAAGUUCCUACAGAAGAGAGACCUCAUAGAUGUGAAGUAUGUGGGCACAGGUUUAAACAUCAUUCCUCUCUAACACAACAUCAGAGAAUCCAUACCGGAGAAAAGCCCUACAAAUGCAGCCAGUGUGGGAAGGCCUUUAGCUUGAGGUCGUAUCUGAUUAUUCAUCAGAGAAUUCACAGUGGAGAGAAAGCAUAUGAAUGUAGUGAGUGUGGAAAAGCCUUCAAUCAGAGCUCGGCUCUCAUUAGACAUCGGAAAAUUCAUACAGGUGAGAAAGCUUGUAAGUGUAAUGAAUGUGGCAAAGCAUUCAGUCAAAGUUCCUAUCUCAUCAUCCAUCAAAGAAUUCAUACUGGUGAGAAACCCUAUGAAUGUAAUGAGUGUGGGAAAACCUUUAGCCAAAGCUCAAAGCUUGUAAGACACCAGCGAAUCCACACAGGAGAGAGACCUUAUGAAUGUAAUGAAUGUGGGAAAGCAUUCAGGCAGAGCUCGGAGCUGAUAACCCAUCAGAGAAUACAUAGUGGAGAGAAGCCCUAUGAAUGCAAUGAGUGUGGAAGAGCCUUCAGUUUGAGCUCAAAUCUCAUUAGACAUCAGAGAAUUCAUAGUGGAGAGGAACCUUAUCAAUGUAUUGAAUGUGGCAAAACAUUCAAAAGGAGCUCAGCCCUUGUUCAGCAUCAGAGAAUCCACUCUGGGGAUGAAGCUUAUAUAUGUAAUGAAUGUGGGAAGGCUUUCAGGCACAGAUCAGUCCUCAUGCGCCAUCAGAGAGUCCACACUGUAUAAAGUAACUGGUUGGUGAAUACAAUGAAUAUAAACUAGAGGCCUGGUGCAUGAAAUCUGUGCACUUGAGGGGAAAGGGGAGUCUCUCAGCCCAGCCUACACCCUCUCCAAUCUGGGAUCCCUUACAAU